AUGCAAGGCAAUGCAAAGCGUCAACUCUCUACCGCAGCUGGUGGCAACGUCCAGAAUCUGUGUCCACUGUUGAUUGAGAGCAGCGGGUUAACGUGGCCAGUGCAGUUUAUGUCGCCAGCCAGCCAUCGACAGCUAAAUAACGCAGUGGUUGUGCACGCAAACGCCGAUCCGCGAAAUCUGCUCUCCGAUUUCAAACAGUUCAAGCUUGAUAAGGAACAGUCUCUGCUUGCUACUCCCAGUCGCAGGAUGAUGAUCUACCCCAACGACAAGAUCUGUGUGAGACAUGUCGUACAAGCAGCCAUGGCCUCUACUUUACUAGUAAACCGCCUCGCGCCAGCUCGUCCUGGUAGUCUAAGGAAGCUCAUGACAGCGCUCACGAAAUCUCAUCCUUCUCUUGUCAGCGCUGGCGUGUUUACGCUUACUGCCACGUUUCGUCUCUUACGGCGCAUUUUGUACACGCGCACCACCCUUGAUUCAUCAGUGGACAUUCGUCAUUUGGAGGAACGACAACUACAAAGAGGCUUUGUUUCGUGGGAUAAGUGGUGGCAAUACACGUCAUGGUCGCACUCUGCCAGCGCUCCGAUAUAUCUAAUUCAACUUCCAUUGGUCCGUGGAAUGUGUCAAUAUGAUGCUCGCCAAGUGCCCUCCAAGAACCAGUCGGAGGUUAAAAAUAUCCGCUCUAGUCGCACUCAUCGCUUCCACCCCGUGGAUGAGGAUCGUGCACGCGCGAAUCUGAUUGUCCGUUCCUACAUUCAAUACUGGCACAACGGCGGUAUUCCUAUGUUUCUCAUUAUGUUUGAGAUGCGGCUCCUGCUCUCCACCCAAGUCGAGAUUCACCGCUCGUCAGCCGCCAAGAAGCUCGCCGUGGGGGGUUCGUUGACCAAACCAGCUUCAAUGUGA